AUGUCGCAAUCACAGAGUCCAAACAUCACCCUCUACACAGACGCGACGCCCAAUGGCAUAAAGAUAUCGAUAGCCCUGGAAGAACUGGGUCUGCCAUACAAGACCGAGCAUGUCAACAUCACGACCAACAAGCAGAAAGAGCCAUGGUUUCUCGAGAUCAACCCCAAUGGCCGCAUACCAGCCAUGACAGAUAGUUUCAAGGACGGCGAAACUGUUCGACUAUUCGAGGGUGGCUCUAUCUUGCAAUACCUGGCCGACACCUACGACCACGACCACAAGAUCUCCUUCCCAAGAGGUUCGCGCGAGUACUACGAAUGCAACAACUGGCUCUUCUGGCAGCAUGGAGGUCUCGGCCCUAUGCAAGGACAAGCAAACCACUUCUUCCGCUACGCUCCUGAGAAGAUCAAAUACGGUAUCGAUCGAUAUCAAAACGAAUCCCGUCGGCUCUACGGUAUCCUUGACAAGCAUCUCGCAAAGAGCAAGAGCGGAUUCAUAGUGGGAGACCAUAUCAGUCUUGCCGAUAUCACAAGCAUUGGCUGGGUCAUGUUCGCUGGUUGGGCUGGUGUAGAUAUCAACGAGUUUCCAAACGUAAAGAAAUGGGAGGAUAUGAUGUAUGAACGACCCGCUGUGCAAAAGGGUGGAGAUGUGCCGAAGCCGCUGAAGAUCAAGAAGAUGCUUGCUGAGGAUCCCGAAGCAGCUGAGAAAUACGCGAAAGAGAGCAGCAAGUGGAUUAUGCAGGGUAUGAAGGAGGAUGAGAAGAAGUCGUGA